AUGGUUGUUAGGUGCCCGAUUCUGUUCUUCUUUAUGGCUUUGGAGUAUGCAGACGGGCUGGAAUGUACACCGCUAUGGUCUCCCUACUUCAAACACUACACUGUGGCAAUGAUCGCUGUCGGUUUUUAUGUCCCAUUAGUUUUGAUCACCAUAUUUUACCUUACCAUCGCUUUAACAAUCAAAUCUCAGAAAACUGCGGGCGAACAAUCAGUCAGCAGAAGAGGACAACGUUUAAAGAGAGAGAAAAUCGUUCUAGAGAUCUCCAUUGCUAUCGUGUCAGCGUUUACAAUGGGCUGGCUGCCACUCAGUAUCUGGUGGUUUGUGUACUUCUAUUCAUCAGAUAAAACAGUGAUAUGGUCUUGUGGAUUUCGAUAUUUCACGGAGAUUGUCCGAUUUUUGAUGUACUCAUACUGUGCUGUAAGCCCUUGCAUCUGUUUUAUAUUCAUUGGACAUUACCGCCAGGGUCUUAAAAAUCUCCUCAAUUGCUUCUCUAUGGCGCCCAGGGCUUAUCAAGUUGCACCGCCGUAG